AUGUUAAUAACUGAACGAGGUUUCUUUUCUCGUAUUAAUUUAUCCCUAGCACAUUACCAUCAAUUUAAUAGAAUUCUUCAUUUUCUUCCAUUGAAUGAUAUUCAAUCACUCUCAAUUGAUAGUGAUGCAUCUCCAUUUCAAUUAACUCGUUGGCCUUAUUUACGUCGUUUGAAAACUCUGCGUAUCAUUGGUGUAUACAAUCAUGAUGAUCUUUUAGUUUUUGUUACACUUCAUGCAGCAACACUCACUCAUCUAAUUAUAAAAUCAAACGAAAGAAUGGUACCGGAUGGUUUUUCGAUUACAUUGGACUAUCCACUAGGCGACAUGGUGACGUUAAUAAAUAAUGUUCUUCUUAUUCAUUUACCUGCACUUCGAUCUCUUAACUUGGGUAUGAAUUAUUACAUGACAAGUUGGCCCAUUACUACUGCGGUCGCUCCUCUCAUUUAUCUGCGUCUUUCUUUAUCAAAUAUGGAUGAUUUGUUGCGGCUUAUAUCAACAGAACCACUCUUCGAUACAUUACGCCAAUUACACAUAACAAUAGGUGAUAGUGAUUCCAACAAGCAUUGUCCUGUGUCAAUGUCUAAUCUAUCUAUUCGAAUGAUUAAUUUACAUACAUUUUCACUUGUUCAAACAUUCUUCUCAUUGUUAACAAUUGAAUGGACAGUUUUUGAAAUACUGACAUCUUCAAAUGUUAUGCCUGUUCUUCGACGUGCUAAUGUAUCUCUGUUUAUUAAUAUUAAUCAUUUAAGUUGUAUUAGUUCAUCAGGAAUCUUUACUGAUCAUCGUCAUGUUGAUGUUCAUUUCGCAUUUAAUCUUCUUAAUUGUCCUCAUAAUAUCAAAGUGACACCAUAUAUACCACGUGGAAAUCGUUUUCAUUCACGAGAAAUUGUUGGUGCUACAUUCGUUGUUAAUCGCUGGUCUCCGAGAUCAGAAUGGCUCAUUGAUAGUGAUCCUUUUAGUCGUGGACGUCAUUAUUAUCAUCAUAUGUGGUAUACUCUUCCAUGGGCAUUUGAUGAAUUCUUCCACGAAUAUAUUCCAUAUAGAUGGAUUACCAAAGUACAAGUGUUUGAAAUACCUUCUCACGAUACUACGGCAAUGGAUCAAUCAUCACUUCGUACAUCAGAUGCAGCAGGUCAAACUUGGCCAACACUUUUAUCCUAUUUACCUCAUGUGGCAUUAUCCAAUUAUAUUGAAACACUGCACUUAUCCUAUUAUAAUAGACCUAUUCAUAUACAUUUAUCCACUCUUCGCCAUAUAACUCUUCUAAAUAGUGUCAAUUGUCUCAACUAUUUCUCUUCAUUUCCAACAACUAUCCGUUCUAUUCACAUUCUUGUUUGUCAUACUUUUCCGAACUGUAUGCUACCAAAUUGGUCAGUAAUUUUGCAUUUUCUUUCAAUUUUGCCAGAAUUGAGUUCGUUACGAGUGACUAUGUAUGACUUAUUAAAAACUAUUGAUGACAAAAAUUGUCAAAUAAUUGCAAAGACAACAUCAUUGUUGAGAGAUUUUGGUUUUUACUUUCGACGAAAAUUCAGCUCAUUAGAUGAUGAUAUGAAAACUACAUUUGAAGAUCAUACAAAAUUUAUUAAACAGUUAUGUGAUGAAAUACUCCUAUUAUGUCUUGAUAAACAACUUUAUUAUUCAAUCGAAGAUGAUGGUUGUGGACUCACAAUGUGGUUCUAA